UUUUUUUUAAUUUUCUGUGUAACUAGGGAGAGGGCUGGAUUUAGAAAAAGAUUUUCUUGUCUUGGAAUAGGUUUUCUUUUUCCAUUUUUAUUAGGAUAGGGUUUUGAGUCGGGAAAAAAGAUUGGGUAUUGAGUAACUAUUGGGUAACGGUUUAUCACUUGGUAUUGGGUAACUCGGCCCAUCACUUCAGUAUCCCACAUGAGAUUUGGAGACCUGAAUAUGAGCUUUUUGCGAGAAUCGUGACCGAUAUCCCAAAAAAGUUUUCUCUAUAGGUUUUUGAUGGGGAUCUUGUUUUGUCAAUCAUAAAGCUUGAAGAGAAAAGAUUCCAACUUUUUGGUUGAAGAAUUAAUGUUAUUAGCAAAUAUGGAAGUUGCUCAAAGACUUUAUAAAUUUUAUGAUGAUCGUGCUAUGCUUCGAAGACAUCCAACUCCAAAAAAGAAGGAAUUAAAAAAUAUGGUCGAAAAAUGUGCCAAAUUGGGAAUUAAAAUUGAUUCAACAAAUUCAAAAACUUUGGGAGAAUCAAUCGAAGAAUUUACAAAAGUUGAACAAUAUGCUUAUACAGUUGCCCCAGCACUUAACCAAUUACUUAUUAAAUGUAUGAAUUUUGCUCAAUAUUUUUGUACCGGUGCUGUGGAUGGACCUGCUGAUUUUAGUCAUUAUGGAUUGGGAGUUGAUUUUUAUACACAUUUUACAUCACCAAUUCGUCGAUAUCCAGAUAUUAUAGUUCAUAGACUUUUGGCUGCAAGUUUAAACUAUACGGAGGAUCCAGCUUAUUCUGUUAAACAAUUACAUGGAAUUGCUAUGAGAGCAAAUUCAACUAAAGCUUGUGCUAAAAUGUGUAGUGAAACUAGUGCUGAUAUAUUUUUUGGUUCUUUUAUAAGGGAAUAUGGAGGUAUGGAAGUUGUUGGUGUAGUUAUGGCACUUUUCGACGAAUGUUUUGAUUUACUUUUGAUAAAAUAUGGAAUUGUUAAACGUAUAUACCUUAAGAAACAAAAAUUUUUAAAUCGAAUUUACCACGGAAAAUUAACAAAAAAUGGUCCUGUAACCCUUGUAUUAUGGUUUAAUGAAGAAGCUAAAAAUUAUUUUAGUGGGAAAGAUGAGGUGGUGACUAACAAUAAAAUUAGAAGAGAAGAAUGUUUGCCAAAUUUGGAUAAAAAAAUUGAUAAAUUGUUAAGAGAAGAUGUGGAAGAUGAUGAGGAAAGUGAUGGAAAUGGAGUUGUGGUAGUUGAAGGAAUAGGGGAAUCGGAGGAGGAAGAAGAGAGAGGAAAGAAUGGAGGAGGAAAGAAGGUUAAGGAAGAUGUUUAUGAAGAAGUACCUGCAUGGGUAAAAGAUUUGCAACCUGAAGAAAGACAAACUAUAAAUUGUAUGUGUGUUGUUCGUGUAAAAUUGGUUAAUGUAAAGGAUACUUUGAGAUAUGAGGCCAGUCUAAUUCCAACACCAGAUUCUAAUCCUUUAACUUGGGUUGAUGCAAAGCAACAUAUGGAUGAAUAA